UGCUGAGUGGUGGGAGUUCACGAGCAGUUCAGCCCCUGUUCCAGGGGCUGCAAAAAAGGAAAAAAAAAGAAAAACAAGUGCAUAGGGGACUUGAACCGAUCCAGCUCACGAGAAGACAAUUAGUCUGAUUCUCUGAUAGUUGAAAGGAGGGGAAAAAAAGGGAUUUUGCGUGGAAUUCCUGAGCUGAAACGGCAUAACUGUUAUUGUUAAUCCCCAUUUUAUUUUCCGCGCCACUUCUCUGCUGUAGACAGACAGCAGCACCAGUCACCUGACCAACACACUGAGCGGCUAGAAUUUAGUCUCUCCGCAGCCCUAUCCACAUUUCCCUUGGUAUUUUUUUUUUUUUGGUGUUCUGCUCAAGUUGAGGGGAAGAAAGGGGGCAGCGCAGGCAGGCAGCAGAACAGAGGAGCUGCACAGUAGCUGCAAACAGCAGGUGAGAAGAAUCCUGUCUCUGUGGAACACUGGAGAAGCAGCGCAUGCUAGAGGUUGCAUAUACUGACCACAUGAGAUUAAAUCCAUGACACUGGACAACUCAAAUGAUGGACAAGAAAAAUGCAAAUGGCUUUUCCUCAAAAGCCCCUGAAAGAGGAAGUCAGCGGAAGCAGCUGCCAUACUCUGUGGAAACCCCAUAUGGAUUCCACCUGGACCUGGACUUCCUCAAAUACGUAGAUGACAUUGAGAAGGGCAAUACCAUCAAGAAAGUUCACAUCCAGCGUAGAAACAAGGGCCCCAAAUUCAGCACAUUGCCUCGUAACUUCAGCCUUCCUGGCCAUGCCUCCAGGGCAGCCCCCAAGGAUAGCUGGGCAUCCACAUCCACCCUAGGCCCCAAGCCUAAGUCACGGGUGAUGGAAGUCCAGCAAAUCUUUGAGUUUCGUGCCUGUGAGGGUGGGUCUCCAGGCCAGCCUAAGUCACCUGGAGUCAUCCACAGAUCUACCAGGGAGGAUGGUAGCAUCAGGGAAUUUGAUGAACAGCCCCUGGGCAUUCAUGUCAGGCCACAUCUACUUAGAGCAUCGAGCAUGCCAGUCACAGUCCUGCAGGGAAAGAACUCAGAGUCUGUGGAGGACAAAGGAGCUCAAGCUGCUGGGGGCUCUUGCAAAGAGAAUGGUUCUUCUGGAAAUGUUUUUAUUUCCUCAGAUGUGGUGGACAGGAGGUGUGGUACACCUCAAGACCAGACAGCCCUCCACCAGCAGUUUGCCACAGCUCUACAGAGGAUCAGGGAGCUGGAGGAGCAGGUCAGGACUAUCCCGGAGCUGCAGGCCGAGAUCUGCACACUGCGGGAGGAGAAAGAGCACCUCCUUUUGAAGCUUAACUCCCAACCUCUGCUCCUUACAGUGGACAGCAUGCAGAAUGCAGGCAAUGAUGGUACAGAUGAUCAAGUGCAAAUUCAAGUGAAUCCAGAGGAGUCCGUAGUUACAGAAACAGCUCCAAGUUUGGAUCAGCAAGUGGUGCCUUCACCUGUUCAGGAGCCUGACCAAGAGAGUGUCACAGAGCAGCAGGAAUCAGAGGUGCAAGAAGAUGCUGAAAGACCCUUAGAAACCCAAUCAGUGAAUCAGGAAGAAGUGUCAGAGAGUCCCUCAACACAGGAACCAGCAGAACAAGAACCAGCAGAUAGUUCUACAACACAGGAAUUUGUGAUGCAAGAAGAAGUACCAGGUACUGUACAGGAACCAGCAGAAGAAGAACCAGCACAGAGUCCUUCAACACAGGAAUUGGUAAAGGAUGGAAUAGCUGAGAGUUCUUCAGUACAGGAAUCAAAAGAACAAGACCUGGCAGAACGUUUGAUAACACAGGAAUUGGUGAAAAUCGGAAUAGCUGAGCAUUCAUCAGUUCAGGAACCAGCAGAACAAGAAUUGGCAGAAAGAUCAAAAACACCGGAAUUGGUAAUGCAAGACAAAAUAUCAGAGAGUUCUUUACAGGAAUCUACAGAAGAAGAACCAGCACAGAGUUCUUCAGUGGAGGAACUGGUGAUGCAAGAUGUAAUAGUAGAGAGAUGUAAAACACCAGAACCAGCAGAACAAGAACUGGCAGACAGUCCUUCAAUGCUAGAAUCAGUCAAGCUAGAUGAAGAAGCAGAGAGUUCUUCAACAAUGGAAUUUGAAGAACAAGAAACUACAGAGCCAUCUACUAUACAGGAAUCUGAAAGGAAAGAAGCAGCAGAACCUCCUACAGUACAGAAUUCAGUGGAUCAGAAUGAACUAUCAGAGAAUUCUUCAGCACAGGAACCAGUAGAACAAGAGACACUCGAGAGCCCCACAGCACAGGAAACACUGAAACAAGAUGAAGUAUCAGUGAGUUCUACUGCACAAGAAUUUGUAGAACAAGAAACAGCAGAGCCACCUACUGCUCAGGAUUCAGGUCAAGAAGAAGGAACAGAAAGUCCUGUGGUACAGGAAGCAGUGAAGCAAGGUGAAGUAGAGGAUGACUCACGAACGCCUGAAGCAGCAGACCAAGAAACAACAGUGGACCCUGUAGCACAGAAACCAAUGGUACAAGAUGAAGUAUUGGAGAGUUCUUCAGCACCAGAGACAGUGUUACAAGAACAGACAGAACAGACCCCUAUAGUAGAGGAAGCAACCAAAGGAUUAGUCAUAAUGGAGGGACAUUCAGGGCAGGAGAAAGUUGUGACAGAGGGAGAUCAGUUGAGCAGCGUGUCAGAAAAUCUUACAAUCAAAGAGCUACAGGAGAAGCUGAUGGCCCUUGAAGAGAAAUUCAGUGAUGCCAACAAGGAGCUGGAAAAGACCAAUGCUUUACUGAGGGAGCAAGUAGAGGAGAACAAGUUGAAAGAGGAGAGGAUAAAACUGCUAACAGAAGAAACAAAGGCUGAGAAAGCGCAAGUUGAGCAGGAAAUUGGUGAUUUAGGAGACACAAUGCUAUCUUCUGAUCCUGCACUAACCUGUGAUGCCUCUGUGUGCACUGAUUCAGCACCAAAGCUGGUCUCCAAAGAAGUUUCCACUGAACCACUGUUUUCUGACACUAUACCCAUCACAGGAGAACACCAGAAAAAUCUGAUAAGUACAAGCACUCAGACUGAUUUCACAGAAGCUCAGGUCUCAGCUGGACCUUUCACAGUUGAGAAACUUGAUGAAGUGGAACUCACUGUGCAUGUCGAAGUUCUGGAGAGUGCUUCUCAGGAAGAACCUUGCAGCGCCAUUCAAAUGGAGCCUGAAAAAGCAGCGGAGGCAGAAAGCUUUGAGGAACCAGUUGGGCCUGAGAGCUCAGAGCAUGCUGCCUCAGACAGUGCUGAAGAAGCAAGCACCUCACUUAAAAUUAGCCCACCCUGCCAAAGCAGCCAAGAGCAAGAGCCCAGUCCACAGGGGCCAAGCGAGCCCACAGCCUCAAAUGCAGUCAUCGGCCAGUACGUGAACAGGAUCCAGGGGCUCCUGAAUGAGCAGUGGGCGUGCUUGGGCAGUGGGCAGCCAGAGGUUACCACCACCAUUAAGCAGCCAGCCUCCAAGUUCAGCUCCAUUCAGACUCAACUGGUCAGCUCACUCAACGCUCUGUCUGCCUUCUACUCAUCACCAGGGCAGAAAGGAGGGGCCACUCGACAAGCAGCACUCAAAUCCAUAAUGAAGAAGAAUGACCCUGCCGACAAGCCAGGAAACGGGGGAGCCAAGAAGAACCUCAAGUUCGUUGGCGUGAAUGGAGGCUAUGAGACGACGUCCAGCGAGGAUUCCAGCGAGGAGGACAAUGCUGAGGACAGCUCGGAGCCCGAGGAGAAGGAGGAGGACAUGGGCGUGGCCGAGGUGGUGACCUCAGAGGAGCCCGCGUGCGAGGGGGCCUGCGCAGCGGAGCCUGACUGUGACGCCGCGGCCCCGGAGAUCAGCGGCGACCUGCAGGAGGAGCAGCCAGGCGGGGAAACAGUAGACCAAGGCUUCAUGUCGGCAUGCCAUUUCAUUAAAGAUCGCCAGGCUGAGAUUGCAGCUCCUGACAAAGAGAUGAGGGAGGCUCUGACGAUGCUCUACCAGGAGUGGUUCCGCAUUUCCAGCCAGAAGGACUCGCUGGUGGACACGGUGACGCUGUACCUGAAGGAGGUGGGGGCCGCCACGCCCACGCUCCUCCGCUUCCUGGUCAACCUGGCCGACGGCAACGGCAACACCGCGCUGCACUACAGCGUGUCCCACUCCAACUUCUCCAUCGUCAAACUGCUCCUGGACACUGGCCUGUGUGAAGUGGACAUCCAGAACAAGGCUGGCUACACAGCCAUCAUGCUGGCCUCUCUGACCACAGCUGAAGGCCCAGAGGACCUGGAGGUGGCACUGCAGCUGCUGAGGCAGGGGAAUGUGAAUGCCCGGGCUAGUCAGGCUGGACAGACGGCUCUCAUGCUGGCGGUGAGUCACGGGCGCGUGGCGAUGGUGCGCCUCCUGCUGGCGUGUGGAGCCGAGGUGAACACGCAGGACCACGACGGCUCCACCGCGCUGAUGUGCGCCUGCGAGCACGGCCACGCUGAGAUCGCCCGCCUGCUCCUGGAGCGGCCCGACUGCGUCCUCAGCCUGACGGACAGGGAAGGCCACAGUGCUCUGGAGGUGGCUAUGCAGGCCUCCCACUCGGAGCUAGCAGACCUCCUGAAGGCCCGUGCUAGCGAGGGGGCCUCCGACACCCCCAGGCCCCUCUGAGCCAACAGCCCCUCUCUGUUCCCCCGGACAACAAAGGCUCCAUUGACCAGAUCACAACUUUCGGCUGGGAUCCGACGCAGCCGUUGCAAUCUUGAAGAAAAAAAAAUGGGGGGGGGGGAAAUAUUUCAAAUAUCAGCGGACAUUCUGUAUGCAUAUUUUGCAUGCGGACGAUGCUCAAUAAGAAGAGUACUCUCGUCUACCAAUCAAAAUACAGGAGGAGGAACAUGGUGGGUGAUCGUCCCACAUUAAGCGAAUCUAGGCACGCUGACAUGGUCCCUGCUUUCCAUGUUCAGUGUGAAAUAUUCCCACGCACAUCUUCAGUACCUCCUACACUCUAUCACACAUAAUCAUAAUCAGUUUGCUUUUCUUUUUUUACCACUCUCUUCAUCAAGUUUAUAGGUUCACCGUUAUUUUAUGCGUACCAUCUGGAUUUUUCUGAGUUGCACAUUAGACACUGUAUUUGUUUGGUUUCUUUUAGUACUGCACUUUGUUUUAUUCAGUUUCUCUUUGCCUGUAUCCUUCCCUUGCGUAUCCUCCAUGUCUGUGACCUGAGAGUGGACACUCAUGACCCCGUGGUUCUCCAAUAUGAAGGUUGUACAGCAGAUAGCUGAGGAGGCUUGAAGGCAUGUAAGGCAUAAAUAAGUUAAUAUACCAGUAUUCUACUGACAGAGUGUAUAUCUCUUCAGACACAUUCAGUCUUGCUGUUCCAAAACUGACUCUUCUGGUCCAGCAGAAUUAACUCAACAGUAUUUUUGCUAGAAAAUCUGUCCAUGUUGGAUAGAAUGGAUUCCUGACCAUUGAGGAGGAGGAAAGGAGAUGUUUACAGUUACUCUACUCUGCUGCCUGUUAACUGUUGCCUUGACUGCAUUUCAAGUGAUACAGUAUAUGCACAUAGCUUACUGCCUCUCUCCUCUCUGAUAUAUUAUCUGUGUCUGUGUGCUUGUGGUUCCUCGCCAUAUUAUGCAACACAUUGUUAGGAAUGCACAAAGAAUGUUAGCUAGAUGCUAAUUGACAUUCCAUUACAGGCGUCCUUAUUCCUUCUCUUCAGUGAUGCGGGCGAUUGGAAGAAUAGGAAUGUGUUUGUGGACAUGAGCCUCCCGCAUUGAGCACUGUGGAGGAGUCAUUGGUCUUGGAUGAGUGGUGUGAGAGGAAGUGAAGAGCAGGUAAACAGGGGAGGGAAUGAAAAGGGUCACCGUUGUUAUGGCUAUCUGAGCCCACACUAAGCGAACAGUGCAGCUGUGACAGGACUUUGCCAACCUGACACUCGGCCUGUCCAGCUGUGGACAGAUCUGUAAUGAGCAAAAUAACGUUUGAGGAGCAGAGGAAAGGGACACUCAUUUCCCCCCCUAACAUAGCGCUUCCAGAGAAAAUCCACCAGGUGGCAGACAAUAAUACAGCACGUUUACCCUGACAUGGGACUUUAUUCCAAGAAACAAUCAGCGUUGUGCUGGAACAUGCAACCAUGGCAACUCCAUACAGAGCCCAUUAGUCAGGUCUGUGUCAGUUUGAGAUGAGAUCAGGUUUGUUGCCAUUUCUGCCUGUAUGCAACUGGACCUGGGGGGAAGAACCAUGCACCAAUUGUGCAUAUUGAAAAAUGUUUUACAAUCAUAUAUAAUUAGCUUUUGACUCAUUUUAAAAAUAUAUUUAUUUAAUAUUAUAUAUUUUUUCAAUAUAACAUAAAUAUAUUUAAAGACUUAUGCUGUAGGUCAAUAUAUCAACUAUUUGUUGGAAUUAUACAUGUUUAGAGAAUGGUUCUUUGCAGCAAGUUUGAGUUUAACCAGCGUGCUUGGAAGAGAGGUAUUGCAUUUGUUUAAGUAGCUUUUUUUUAUACAGAUAACCAUAUCUAGCCUGGAAUGGAUGUUUGUGCAAAAACAUUGCAAACCACUCUCAAGAUUACACAAAACGAAUGAAUCCUGGUAAUUUUUUAGAUGUUUUGUCUUCCUUGUAGAUGAUACUCUCCUCUUCUGAGGCCCUGAGAGGACUGAAUUGCAAAGGAUAUGUAAGAGUACAAUAUCAUCAGUUUCUACCUGAACUGAGCAGUUCAAACAUGAACUCUGUCCUAAAUGAUGUACUUGUCUGCUAAAUAUUACAUUUAUAUUAUCAAAUGGAGUUAUGAAAUUUUAAUUGUUUGAAAAAAUAAACAGUUAACUUUGCAUCUGUUUGAGACUUGGUAGUGAGGAAUUUCAUUUCAAUGCUUUAAAGGCAUGCAGUGAUUUGUUUUUAUUUUUUAUUAUUAUUAAAAAUAGUGUCCUAA